GCCUCCUCUUGACACAUAUGCCUGGAUACUGCUGUGUUGGACAGAGGAGGUAGACAAACCCGAUGAUAAAACAUGUAUGGGUCCCACGUGAAACAAGUGUGUAUGACGACUCAUAGGCAACUCGUCAUCGAUUGACGUUAUCAACAACGGGAGCUUUCCAUGGCUUUAAACUGCCCAGCAGUGUGCGUCAGUGCACAACAAGAAAAGGCGACGAAAAUUUGCACUUCUUCGUAUUUCCAAGAUUUUUGCAUCUUCAAGUGUAAAGCCCAUCAUCAUGCUCCCAGCUCAAGAAGCCGCUAAAAUCUACCACACCAACUACGUGCGUAAUGCUCGUGCAGUCGGGGUACUCUGGACCAUCUUUACCAUCUGCUUCGCCAUCAUCACCGUGGUGGUGUUCAUCCAGCCCUACUGGAUCGGAGACAGCGUCAACACCCCGCAGGCCGGGUAUUUCGGCCUCUUCCACUACUGCAUCGGUAACGCGCUGACCUCGGAGCUCACCUGCAAAGGAAGCGCGCUGGAUUUCGGUUCCAUCCCGUCCGGCGCCUUCAAAACGGCGAUGUUCUUUGUGGGGAUCUCGAUGCUGCUCGUAGUGGGCAGCAUCAUUUGUUUCAGCUUGUUUUUCUUCUGUAACGCGGGAAGCGUUUAUAAGAUUUGCGCCUGGAUGCAGCUGGCCUCCUGUACCUGUAUGGUGAUUGGCUGCAUGAUCUACCCGGACGGCUGGGACUCGGAGGAGGUGAAGCGCAUGUGUGGCCAGCGGACAGACAAGUACACCCUGGGGAACUGCACAGUGCGCUGGGCCUACAUCCUGGCCAUCAUCAGCAUCAUGGACUCACUCAUACUCUCUUUCCUCGCCUUCAGCCUGGGAAACCGACAGGACAAGCUGCUGCCAGACGACUUCAAGGUGGAGGGCAAAGAUGAUGCCUGACAUCUCCAACUGAAGAUUGAGAUUUUUUUUGUCAACUCUAGUUGAAAAAAUAUGAUCAGUUGGUUGAGAACUUAUUAGAUCGCCAUUACGGUAAUUCCCCCUAAAAGAGUGAAUCAUGAACAUGAGUUAAUAAUGUUAUGUUUCAGAAACUGAUCUACUAAGUUUUAAGCUAAUUUAUUUUUGGAUCAUAGACAUGGAGUUCAGAUUGAUUGAAUACAUUAACAUUCAAAAUAAUUAUGCAACAAGAAUUCCUGAUGCAGUAACACCUUGGAGCAAUACAGAUUUGUCAGUGACAAUAAAUUCUAAAUAUCUAAAGGCUCCUCAUUCUUAACUGACGGAUCAUAUGUAGGCCGAUGUUCCACAUAGCUAGAACAACUAACCCAUAGCUAACCCUAAACCACACAAGUUGGCCCAGCAUAAGAUCGUUCCAGCAAUGCUUCACACACACACUGUUCAUACCAGACCCACACACACUGUUCUGCUUUUUCAAAAUCUUUAUUCUUCUCAACUACAGAAAAAGGUCUUUGUUUUAAUAGUUUUACAAUCAAAUGCAGGGAGGGGGCGAGGAGAGGGAGAGAGACUAUGAGAGUUGUGCUUUGUAGACAGUAGCAGGCUGAUGGUUGGGGUGGACCACUGGAGGCCUGUUUCCUGGUAGAGCGGUGAACAACCUUCAUACCGUAGUAUCUGCACAAUCCUUUUUGUUUGUUGGCUUCAAAUACUGUUGUAACAGCAUGUUGAUGGGGGAAGGGCCACAGUAUGAAAAUAAGCUUUUAAAAUGCAG